AUGGAUCUAUCGAAUACAGCUGCCAUGCAAAUACCACUUUAUAUAGCACCGCCAAACCUAAUAAGCCACUCGAGGAGCGGUGCUAAAUAUCGUGCCUACUCAGAAGACGACAUGGCAAGAGCAGAACAAGCCAUUGCAGAAGAAGGCCUAUCACUCCGCCAAGCCUCCAUCAGGUUCAACGUCCCUAAGACUACAUUGGCGGAGCGGCUAGGUGAUAAACGGCCCAGACCGCCUCCUCGUAAGUCGGACGAGGAGAACAAGCAGCGGACCAGGUACCAAUGGGCAGAGACCGACAUGGCAAGUGCCAUCGAGGCAGUCCAAAACGGAGACAAGAUCGGCGAGGCAGCCAGACGGUUCGGCGUCCCGCCUAGCCAUCUCAACGCACGGACACGGGGUAGAGCACCCAAGAACCUCCGCAGCGAGCUAUCUCGGCUAACGCUCAGGCAAGAAGGUCUUCUCGCCGACUGGGCGACCGCUCAGUCGGCGUUGGGAUGUCCGCCGACUAAGAACGAAUUGUUCGGUCUGGCGGAACGGGUGCUGGAGAAGCAGGGCUCGGAUAAGAAGCUGGGAAAACAGUGGAUUGUGCAUUGGAUGAGGAGGUAUCCCCAGAUCGAAAUUCUGGAGUGGGAAGCUAAGGAACUUAAGCCGAAAAGAGGCCAAAGGACAGAUUCUGCUGUAGCGUUUUCUGUAGAUCCGUUUGAGCCGGUUAUUGAUCUGGAUGAGCUUUGUUACGGUGCCCCGGGAAAUACCUAG